AUGUUUCCUUUCAUGCGGGUAUCGGGAGUUUUGGGUCAGUUUUGGUUCAAGCCCCAGAUGGCUGGUCACCUAAGAGCACCGGAGGUGCCUUCUGACAGCGAGUCGGAAGGCCAAGAAGUUAACCAGCAUCGUGUUGCUCAGGUCCUGAUUUCCGCAGGACCACCGAAUGUGCAACUCCCCUGGGAACAGGGAAUUUUCAGGGACAUCUUCGCACCUAGACCAGUGGUGUCACUGGACUGGCCAGAGCCCAAGGUUCUUGUCAAUGUGGAUGAAGCCGAACUAUCGUCUACACCAGGUCCCAGCGUUUUGCAAGACAAAGACAAGACGCCAAUCACAGGUGUCUUCAGCUCCUCACCGGGAGCCAAUGUUUUCAGCAAAGUGAUCAAGUGCAAAAAGAAAGAUGAGCCUUUUGAGGAGGCUGUUGCAGGCAUGUGGUUGAAAAACAUGCAGAUGUGGAAACAGCUGUUCGAGGCCUCCCCGUCCACCACUUUUGCCAAAACAUUACAGGAAUUGGACGAAGAGGAGAAGAUGUUGUCCCUUCGUGACAUGUUUGGAUCGAAAUCACCACACACAAUCCAGAAGCGUGCAUCAACCUUGUUGAGAUUGUUUCGUUGGCUUCAAAAACAGGCCGAUGUGCAAGGGACCUCUGUGGAGGAACCCCUUCUCCCAUCAGAGGAAGCGGUGUACAAGUUCUGCAGAGAGAUAUCCCACAGGAAGAAGGGCAAGCUGGCACCUCAGAGCGUGGUACAAGCGUUGAAGUUUGUGAAAUUUGUGCUUUCCAUUCGAAUUCCAUCUCCCCCAGGGUCCAAGGCUUGGCCGACCGAGUGGCAGGCGAGCACGAGCCCACACAUCAAGCCCGGGACCUAA